AUGUCUGGACGUGGCAAGCAAGGUGGAAAGGCUCGCGCUAAGGCAAAGACUCGGUCUUCUCGGGCUGGUCUCCAGUUUCCUGUUGGCCGUGUUCACCGCUUGCUUCGCAAAGGCAACUAUGCUGAGCGUGUUGGGGCUGGCGCUCCUGUGUACUUAGCAGCUGUCUUGGAGUAUCUAACCGCAGAGAUCCUGGAGUUAGCUGGCAACGCGGCCCGUGACAACAAGAAAACUCGAAUUAUUCCGCGUCACUUGCAACUAGCUAUCCGUAACGACGAGGAGCUCAAUAAGUUACUCGGCAAAGUCACUAUCGCACAGGGUGGUGUUCUACCCAACAUCCAGGCUGUGCUGCUGCCAAAGAAAACUGAAAGCCACCACAAGGCCAAGGGCAAGUAA